AUGCCGAUCGUCCUGCCUCCGCUACAGGAGCGGGCGGCUCUGAUCAUGCUACCGCCGUGCUUGACGGCAGCGCCGCAGCAAACAGUACGCUGGCACGGCGGUAUUGUGACGCCCGCAGGCGCUGGGCUGGGCGGCGGCGCCAGCGAAGACGGGUGGACUGUCCGCUGUGGCCCUCCCGGCCUCGGCCAGCAGCGCGUGCACACCCUGCCAGGGUACCUUCGAAACGGGGAGUUCGUCGAGUACCGCCGGGUCUUCGUGGAGCACUCCGUGGCGGCGCGCGCGGUUCUGGUGCGCGGUUUGAAGGGUUGGCCGCUCAUGUGCGAGGUGGUCGAGGCCGACGACGGGUCGCGGUCGCUGCCUCCCUCGAGGCCGGGGCGGGCGACGGCGUAG